CAGCACGAAUAGGGUGUCUGGAGUUUUCUUAGUUAAAGGUGUCUAUUGACUUCCGUGAUCAUUAUGAAAAUGCUGGUGUGAGGCCUUCAGGAGACAAUGGAGAAAAAAUGGACAUACUGUGCUGUCUAUUCCAUCAUCCAGAUGCAUUUGGUCAGGGGAGUAGUGGAAGAAACAUUUGGUGCAGAAGAACACGUUUACGCUUCACCUGGCUCUGAUGUCAACCUGACCUGCCAAACACAGAAGAAAGGCAUCUUGGUGCAGAUGCAGUGGUCCAAGGUCACUGAUAAGGUGGACUUGCUUGCAGUUUAUCAUCCCCAACAUGGCUUCUACUGUGAUAGCAAGAGUGCCUGUAGAUCACUGGUGGCUUUCAGAGAACCUCCUGGGAAUGUGUUUGAGUGGACUCUGUUCUUGAGGAAUGUUUCCUCCUCGACCACCGGGAAGUAUGAGUGUAGCUUCACUCUGUAUCCAGAGGGCAUUCAGACGAAAAUCUACAGCCUAAAGAUCCAGACAAAUGUUGCACAAGAAGAAUGGAAAAACAACCAUACAAUAGAAAUAGAGAUAAAUGGGACUCUGGAAAUACCAUGCUUUCAAAACACUUCCUUAGAAAUUUCAUCUGUGCUCACCUUUACAUGGCUGGUGGAGGAUAAUGGAACUCAGGAAACACUUACCACUCGAGGUCACCCCAUCAGCAAUUCUGCGUUAUUUAAAGACAGAGUCCGGAUAGGUACAGACUACGGGCUCUACCUCUCUCCAGUCCAAAUCCAUGAUGAUGGCCGGAAGUUCUCUUGCCACAUUGUAGUCAGGCCUGACAGAGUCUUGAGGAGCUCCACCACAGUCAAGGUUUUUGCUAAGCCGGAAAUCCCCAUGAUUGUGGAAAAUAACUCCAUGGAUGUCAUUGGAGAGAGAAUUUUUACCUGCUCACUGAGGAAUGUAUUUCCCACAGCAAACCUCACCUGGUUUAUACAGAGGAGCUUCCCUCAAGGUGAAAGAGAAGAAAUGUAUACCACUAGUGAAAAAAGAAAAAACAAAGAUGGAUUUUGGGAACUGAAGUCUGUUUUGACAAGUGUAUAUGAUAAUAAACCAGCCCACUCAAACAACCUGACCAUCUGGUGUAUGGCUCUGUCUCCGGCCCCUGGACACAAAGUGUGGAAUAGCUCAUCUGAAAAGAUCACAUUUUUCUUGGGCUCAGUGGACCCUCCAAUAGAUUCUCCACUCAAUGCUACAGAAUCUACCCUUGGCACCCGACCUUCUCUAGCCAACAGCAUAUCUCCUACAGGUUAUCGAACUCCAUCAUCAACAGCCCAUGUAGAUGUGAGCACAUCAACUUCAAACGUCACCCCUCCAAGUGUUCAAACCAGUAAUUCCGAUGUGCCUACCCGAGGCUUCAACUACUCCUGGACUUCCAGUGGGAAAGACGCCAAACACUCAGCUCCAUGGAUGCCCAGUGAAACAAACAGUUCGCCCUCCUCGGGUGCAGGUUCAACACUUCCUGGUGACAUCUUCACUAGCACAACCAUAGCAUCUUCAGAAGUUCCCACACCUGCAAAUGUAUCUACUAAAAAUAAUCACAUCACUGGUACUAUGAUCAGUAAGCCCAAAGAUGGAAUGUCCUGGCCGGUGAUUGUGGCAGCUUUGCUCCUCUCCUGUUUCGUAUUGUUUGGUCUUGGAGUGAGAAAAUGGUGUCAGUACCAAAAAGAAAUCAUGCAAAGACCUCCGCCUUUCAAGCCACCUCCACCUCCCAUCAAGUACACCUGCAUUCAGGAGUCCAUUGGAAGUGAUCUGCCUUGUCAUGAGCUGGAGACACUCUAGUCCUCUGAGGCUUUGACACACAACAAAAUUCUGCUAGAAUCUUGUCGAAAAAGUAGAUGUUGUGCUUUAUUAAUAUAAUCACCCUCUAGCCAAGCCUCUUCUGCAGCUGAAAUGGAUAUCAGAAGUGUAUGACCUGUUUUCCCAAAAGCUCACCCUCUUUCAUCUGCAUAUGCCAGAAAUUUAAACAAGACUGAGAGGCGAUGUGAAGCGUUC